GCGAAGGCCGUUUUUCUCAUGAAAACUGUGUUCUAUGAUUAAACUCCUGUCACGUGGACAAACUAACCUUUCUUUUGAACACGCAACUUACUUCAGUUUCUUUCUGAACGAAUUAGUCGAGAGACAACAUUUCCUGUGGCAUUGAGCGCGUUUUCCUAAAUAGAUAAACAAACGCCAAGAUGUCUGGAAAUCUGGAUAUUCUCGCCCUCAAAGAGGAUGACGUCAAGAAAAUGCUCGCAGCCGGUACCCACAUCGGUUCGAACAAUAUCAAUUUCCAGAUGGAACAGUACGUUUUCAAAAGGCGUUCUGAUGGUACCCACAUUAUCAACCUGAGGAAAAUCUGGGAAAAAAUCUUGUUGGCAGCCCGUGCUAUCGUUGCCAUUGAGAACCCCGCUGAGGUAUUCGUAAUUUCUUCGCGUCCUUACGGUCAAAGGGCUGUUCUGAAGUUCGCCAACCACACCGGAGCCACUCCCUUCGCCGGAAGGUUCACUCCUGGUGCAUUCACCAAUCAAAUUCAGGCUGCUUUUCGUGAGCCUCGUCUGUUGAUUGUCACAGACCCCGCUAAUGAUCACCAGCCCAUCACUGAGGCAUCUUACGUGAACAUUCCAGUUAUUGCCUUGUGUAAUACUGACAGUCCUCUGAAGUUUGUUGACAUCGCCAUUCCCGGAAACAACAAGGCCCCACACAGCAUUGGUCUUUUGUGGUGGCUCUUGGCACGUGAAGUACUCAGACUCAGGGGCACCAUCCAGAGAGAAGUUGAAUGGGAUGUGAAGGUCGAUUUGUACUUCUUCAGGGAACCAGAAGAGACCGAAAAAGACGAAAUCAAGCAGAUCCCAGCAGUGCCAGCCAUCCCUGCUGCUCAUGAGUUGUACACAGAGCCUGUUGAAGCCAUCGAUUACGAAUACAAAGAUCCAGCUGCUCAACCUCUCGUUCCAUCUCCUGCUAUUGUUCCACCUGUUGCAAGCUCCGAUUGGGCAAGCCAGGCCCAAGAGGAAUGGAGUGCCGCUGCUGCUGCCACUCAGCCAACUAACUGGGCAGCCAGUACUGAAUGGCAUUAGGGUUGUUUUUUAAUAAAAACUGACAAAACAAUAAAAUUGAUACCACCUUA